GCGAUAAGCGACCCGGACUCAAGUUGCUCUUUACUGCACGUGACAACACACGGAUAUGGGGGGGCUUGUCCGGAGUGCUACACAGUAUAUAAAAUAUCCCACUGAACAAGCACCUGCACUUGCGCGACAGGACUAGAUAUGAAGUGUGUGGCGUCGCUUUUAGCUCUAUUCGGCGUUUUUUGCCUGGGGGCGGCAUUAAACUCCUGGCAGCUCCCGGACCCGGUCAACCUCCUGUCAGCCAUCAAUGCCGAUCUGGACAUAGAGUGGAUGUCUUUCAAGAAGUCGUACAACAGAACAUACAGCUCAAACAGAGAGGAGUUGGAAAGGCGGCUGUACUGGGAGGACACACUCAGAUUCGUCCAAGAACACAACUUGCGCUUUGACCGGGGUGAGGAAACGUACACGGUCGGGGAGAGCGACUUUGCUGAUAUGGCUGAAGACGAGUUUCAGCGUCUAUAUCUUAGCAGUCUGGUAAUUCCGCCAGAGGAUGAGCGGGAGGAGGAAGUGGUAGAUUAUGAGGACGACAUGGACAUGGACCUGCCUCUCGAGGUAGAUUGGAGGACCAAAGGCGCCGUCUCACCCGUGAAAAACCAGGGUGCCUGUGGCUCGUGCUGGGCCUUCUCCGCCAUUGGAGCACUGGAGGCCGCGGUUAAGAUCAAGACCGGAAAGGCAGUCGAUCUCGCCGAACAGGAAUUGGUUGACUGCGCAUACCGGAGAUUCGGUAACUACGGGUGUCGCGGCGGCUGGAUGAACAACGCUUUUAAGUACAUCGAGUUAAGGGGCGGCGUUGACACUGAGAGCUGCUACCCCUACUCGGGGAGGCGAUCGAGCCGAUGUUCCCACAAGAAAUCGUGUGUGGGCGCCCGGAUGUCAGGCCACAGAGAUACGCAGAAAGGAUCUGAGAGUAACCUGGCACAAACAUUGAACCAACAUGGCCCCGUCACAGUUGCCGCUGACGUCAACAGCCCCGGGUUCAUGCACUACAGGCAAGGCGUGUAUAACAAUCCCAGCUGUGACAAACGGAGACCUAACCACGCUAUGGUUAGUGUAGGGUACGGAAGCUCCAGAGGUCUCAACUACUGGAUCAUCAAAAACAGUUGGGGACAAGGAUGGGGAGACAAGGGCUACGUCUUUAUGGCGAAAGACAAAGGUGACCUGUGUGGACUCGCAAACCAUGCCAGCUAUCCUGUGCUGUAACACUUCUUUAUACACCUUUUAGACAUUGAUUCAGUGUACAUGCUUUUUACUUUAAGAAUGGAACUUUGCUGUUGUUUGUAUGAAUAUCUUUACCAAAAUUAUGCCAGUGUGUAUAAAGGAAACAUUUCAUUUUUGUACCAAAAGUAUGUCAGCUUUAAUUCGAUACAAACGUUUUAGCAUUUUAACUACAGUCGAACCCCGUUGGCUCGAAUUCCCAGGACCCGGCGAAAAUACCUCGAGCCUCAGAAAAUUCGAGUCAAGCGGGAAUGCUUACCUUAAGUUUAUAGAAAUCGGUCCUUAAAUCCAGUUCGAGCCACCGAUGAAAUCGAGCCAAGCGAGUUCGAGCCAACGGGGUUCGACUGUAUAAUAUUUGUUUUUCAAAUCCUUCAACUUUGAGAGACUGAUAGAAUUUAUGCCAUUGUUUUUGCAUGUGUUUUGUAGCAUCAUUAUAUUUCUACCUUCAGGGCUGAUUGCCUUUGCCAUUUGAAGAUUUGUGUAGCGCCAAAUGUAAACUUUAUUUUGCGUUGCUAAUGAUUAUGCCGUUGAAUUGUUAGUUAUAACGCAUGCGCAACACGCGCUGCAAACAAUAAAUAAGACGACGUAUCUUGGAUGCAAAACAAAAUGUAAAUAGAUGAAGCCCUGUUUUUUAAGCACCUUGUAUUUGAAUAUAUCGGAAUAAACAAAAUAAAAAUGA